AUGUCGACUCUCGCAGAUGAAUUAUUGCAAGAUUUUGAGGAUUCUGGAUCCGAAGGUGAAGGCGAGGAUAAUGCACACCUUUUUGCCGACCCUGACGAGGUCGCCCUGAGCAUGAAUGGGAACGCGACAGGACUUUCAGGCGCAAGCGAAAUGGAGCUCGAUGGCGAUGAAGAAGCAGUCGACGAGGAUGAUGAGAUGGCAGAAAUGACCAGUGGUGCUAUCGAUACUGCAGAAGAUGAGGAGGCGACCAAAGCGAAAGUUGAAAAGAUGCAACUUGGUGGAGUAGAUGAUGUGCGGAGUGUAGCAGGUUUGAUGAAAACGUUGGAACCAGUUUUAGAGAAAAUCGCACAUUUUCAAUCGUUACCUCCCGAUAAACAAACAACCUUCGUAGGCUCGGUCGAAGACAACCCAGAAUAUCAUCUCUUAACGCAAGCAAACACUUUGUCGACAUCUAUCGAUAGUGAAAUUAUCCUAGUCCACAAGUUCAUACGAGAUCAUUAUUCGAUUCGAUUUCCGGAAUUGGAAACAUUGGUCACCAAUCCACUGGACUAUGCUAAAGUUGUCACUAUUAUUGGGAAUGGACCUAUGGACUCGGAAAAUAUCAAGACGCUUCAAACAUCGAAGGAUAAUCGACUUGGUGCUACACUGAGAUCCGUUUUGGAUGGUCCAUCUGUUAUGAUUGUUACGGUCGAGGCAACCACUACAAAGGGUCGAGAAAUGUCACCACAUGAACUUGAAAGAGUAUUUCGUGCUUGUGAUAUGACUCUUGCAUUGGACAAAGCGAAAAAGACUUUAACUGAUUAUGUUCAAUCACGCAUGAACUUAUUCGCUCCAAAUCUCACAGCCCUCAUUGGAUCUCUUACAGCGGCACAACUACUAAAUUUCGCUGGAGGUUUGACAGGCUUAGCAAAGACACCUGCAUGCAAUCUUCCUCCUCUAGGAUCCAAUAAAUCAUCCGGAACAGGUUUUGCUACUAAUGUCGGAGUUCGCCAACAAGGAUUUCUUUAUCAUUCUCCUAUCAUUCAAGGAAUUCCCAAUGAUCUUAAGAAACAAGCUAUGCGUAUUGUCUCCGCUAAAGUUGUCCUAGCCGCAAGAGUUGAUCGCGUUCAUAAUAGUCCAGAUGGUUCUACAGGUGAAGAAUUGAAAGAACAAUGUAUCACUCGACUCGAAAAGCUCACUGAGCCCCCUCCAAAUAAAGGUGCUCGCGCAUUGCCAGCUCCAGAUGAUAAACCUGCACGCAAACGUGGUGGUCGACGUGCUCGAUUAGCCAAGGCGGCAACUGCUAUGACCGAUCUGAGAAAAGCACAAAAUAGAAUGGCAUUUGGAAAGGAAGAGAAAGAAGUUGGUUAUGGUACUGGUGAUGGAACUAAGGGUAUGGGUAUGAUUGGACAAGGCAAUGACGGUCGUAUCCGAAAUAUUCAAAUAGAUCAACGUACAAAGGCCAAACUUUCCGCAAAGAACAAAGGUUGGGGUACUUCAACUCCUAUGAGUGGUUCCGCAUCAUCACUUCGAGGAUUUGGUCAAUCAGCUGGUAAUAUAGAUUUACGGGGUAAAGGCUUAAGAGCAUCAGGUGUAGGAGGAUUGAGUACUAGUACUGGAGCUAGUGCAGGAACUGCUAGUAGUUUGGCAUUUACGCCAGUUCAAGGAUUAGAAUUGGUAGAUCCAAAGAGAGUAGCAGAAAUGAAGAGAAAGAGGGCAGCAGAAGAAGAUAAAUGGUUCAAAGGUGGAACAUUUACUCAAGUUGGCAAUGGUGGUGAUAGCAGUAUGGGACCUCCUCCCAAGAAAGUAGAUUCUGGUGCUGGUAAAAUGGGUCCACCUGCUUUGCCGAAGAAAGCGUAA